AGGCAAUGAGUCUUUUAGACGGGCGGUGAAGUUCGUACAGAAAAGAGCUCAGUGGUGCAUAGCAGUGAGUUGUAUUGUGGUGUUAAGAAACAUUGUUGUACCUUGCAAAUUUUCAAUAAACUUAAGAAAGAUGAAUCAUAAAGUUGGAGCCAACAUGCUUCUCUUGGGGCUAGUAUUGAGUAAUCUAGUGAUAUAUACCUGGGCAUAUCCGCAACAGUAUCAACAGCACCAGUUACACACAGUGGAGCAGAGAAAGUUUGCGGAAAAACCAAACGCCAUUAAGAAAGUGGCACUCGACGACCUCGAUGAGAUACAGACUAACCAGAUACAGGAAGGCGGUUUUUCGUGGUCCAACAUGCUUGGACUAUUGAUGCAAAUGAUUUUCAACGGCGGCGGAGGAGGCGGCGGAAACGUGCCAACAAAAUCUGACGAUAUUGAUAAUGGUGUGUCAACCUUUGGUCAAUCACCAUGGGCAAACGUGAUUUCGGUUGGGUUGAAGAUCAUUACUACCCUGCUAGGAGGAGGUGGUGCAGGGGAUGGUAUUGAUAAGGUUGAUAAUGGAGGAUCACCGAUGCAGAACGUUUUAGCUGCCGUAUUCACAGCCAUGUUUGGCGCCAAAGAUCCGGACCAAGUAAAUACGAUGGCAAAACAGGCUGGAGAGUUUCAAAUACAUGAUUUAUCAUUACAGUUCAUUAAUAUCGUCGUAAAUUUGCUGGAUGCACUUAAGACGUCAUUUUCGCAUCGUUCACUGACUGCACGUAGUAUGGGAAAGAAGGAUGUGAUCAGUGAUGCUACUGUUGCUAGUAUAAGCAUGAUGAAAGGAUACGUACGCAGCACGCGAAAUGCAGAUGAUCGUUGCAUGCAGAAAUUUCUCUGUGAAGCUAACACUGACUGCAUGAGCGCAAUUGGAGGAUCCAGCAUUUUUUGUCAACUAGGAUCAUAUGCUACGAGCUACAUCCUAGAGCGACAGACAGGUAAAUCGUUCGAAAACUUUUAUGAAGCUGGUAGGAAUGGCCGUUCCGGAUUCGAUUGCCGACAGCUAUACCUUGAAUGUAAUGAAGUGUAAAUCAAAGCGAUUAAUUAGAGAAAACAAGAAAAAAAUGGCAAUUUGCUAGGCGAAUGAGAAAAAUUCAACACUUGUUUUUGAUCCACAUUUAUACAAAGACAAUACUACAGCUGUCCAGGAUCGAUGGUAAAAAUGGCAAAACAUAAUUUUAUGAUUCCUGCCGUCAAAAUCGAUAAGCCAACAUGUAGCUUUUAAAUUUAUUUUAUAUGUAGAGGUAAAGAAAAGUUUUCGUGUCCGUUCUAUUUAUACUUAUUUAUAAACAUCCUUUAUUUAUUUGGCUAUAGUUCUGUAGUUUUCUGAGCAACUAACUAACAUGUUCAAAUUCAUCAUGCCGAGCAAUAAAGUGAGAAUUUCAACAUAGUGCAUGUUUAUCUAUAUAAAUCAAUCACUUAUCCAAGCAAUUCUCACGAGUGAUAAACUAAGCUAAAAAUAAAAUAGUUGAUUAUUGCAUACAAAUUCUCCAUCUGUGUGCCGCUCACAAUAAAAAGACACAUCUUUUACCAAUUUAAAUUUAUGAGAUGUACCAUGUAAAACUACAAACGAGCCUUUCACAUACAUAAAAUCACGACACAACUACCUAUCCCUGUGAUAGUUACUAAAGUGAACACUAUUUAUUGCAAAAUAAAAACAAAAUAAUAGACCAGGAACAA